AAUAUGGAAGGAGAGACAAACAUGGAGGACAGAAGUUAGCGGAGCAGGAGAGUGAAGCAAAACUUCUGGGAAAAGCGGACGGAGGACGGAUCCGUGGUCGAUUCUACACCCGCUUUCUUGUAGGCUUUUUUCCCCCGGACCCACUUUUCCUCGUUUGUCGAAGGACUUGGGGGGGGACUGUAAUGCAUUAAGGACUUCGCCUUUUCUCCGGAGAAAAGACAAAGAGGGAGGGGGCCGGGGGGUGGGGGUCUGGCGACGGCGAGCACCCCCAGACCAUCCCAAACGCUAUGCCGUGGGUGAGCAGCAGCAAGCGGAGAGAAAGCUGGGAGCUGCCGCUGCCCGCGGGCUGGGAGGAGGCGCGCGACUACGAUGGCCGCGUGUUCUACAUCGAUCACAACACGCGCCAGACGUCGUGGAUCGAUCCCCGGGACAGGAUCACCAAACCUCUGACGUUCGCAGACUGCGUCGGUGAUGAGCUGCCCUUAGGCUGGGAGGAGGUCUACGAUCAGCAGGUGGGCGUGUACUACAUCGACCACAUCAACAAGACCACCCAGAUCGAGAACCCGCGGACGCAAUGGCGGCAGGAGCAGGAGCGCAUGCUGAAGGAGUACCUGGUGGUGGCUCAGGAGGCUCUCAGUGCCAAGAAGGAGAUCUACCAGGUCAAGCAGCAGCGCCUGGAGUUGGCCCAGCAGGAAUUCCUGCUCUUCCACGAGCUCUCGGAGGAGGACAGCCGCUCGCUCGCCAGCACAUUCUCUGGCGGCUCUUCAAACGCAAAAUAUGACCCUGACCAAAUAAAAGCGGAAAUCGCCUGUAGGCGCGAGGGGGUAAGUCAUUAUCAGCCGAGAACAAUACCUUGUGCGUCAGACCUCUGUGUCUCUGUUUCUGGCCUGCAGACCCUGCCUCUGAUCGACAGGAAGAUGUCUAGCGGACAGACCAGCUACAAGCUGGACGAAGCGCAGGCCAUCCUCAGCGAGCUGCGGAGCAUCAAGAAGUCCAUCAGCACGGGCGAGAGGGAGAGGCAGGACCUCAUCCAGAGUCUCGCCAAGCUCACGCUGAGUUUCCGUGGCGGCUCAGGUCUGGGCGACACCCUGCUGGAUGGUGCCGGGGGCCCCUGUCUGGCUCAGCGGUACUGUGACGCCGGCUGUCAGACGGACAUCGUGGGUGAGCUUGCCUCCCAGGAAUUCUCGCCACUGCUGGACAAAGUUCGCCUGAACUGGCAGUAUGAAGAGGCUAAAAAAAAAGUGUCCAGCCUCCAGCAUCAGCUGGCCCAGCUGGACAGCGAGAGCUGGUCGGGCCGGGCUGAGGCGGAUCGGGACCGAGACUGCAUGCAGCUCCUGCGCGAGAAGGAAGCCCUGCUGCAGGAGAUCACCCUGGUCAGCCAGCAGCAGCGCCCCCUCGAGAGCCUCCUGCACCUGGAAGAGGAGCGUCGCAGGCUGGAGGAGGAGGUGCAGAGGGCGCACGCUGUCCAGAGCCAGGGCGCCAACCAAAGGAUCCUGCACCAGGAGAAGCGGAACAUGCUUCUGCUGCAGCUGGAGGAGGCGUCGCGCAUCGCCACCUACCUGCACUCACAGCUGAAGAGCCUGUCGGCCAGCAACCUCACCGCCUCAUCGGGCAGCAGCCGCGGCUCUCUGGCCUCCAGCCGCGGAUCCCUGACGUCCAGCCGCGGCUCGCUCAGCUCCGUCAGCUUCAGCGACAUCUACGGGCCGCCGCAGUAUGAGCGGGCUGAGGCGGCAGCAGCGCCAGCUGAGUCGGACCCCCACCCCCGCUACCCUCUACACCCCGAGGCGCUGUGCCGUGACAGCAAGGCCCGGCGCUCGCAGGACACGCCGCAGUCGCUGGCCUCGCUGUCAUCGCGGUCCUCGCUCUCCUCCCUGUCGCCGCCCAGCUCCCCCAUGGACGUGCCAUACCACCAGGACAGCUCUGUCGCCCUGAGGGCCGAGGAGUAUCUAGAACUGGCUGGCCGCGGGAUCGUGGAGGGCCUGCGCGGCCAAACCCUGCCCCCCCCCGGUCACGGCUCGGUGCUGGGUGACACGGGGCAGGGGGCCGCCAUGUCACACCUACUGGAUGCCAAGAGCCCCAGGGACAAUGGAGCCCAGGGGGCCUGCAGCAGCACAGGAGUAACGCUGCGCGGUAACGGCGGGAACCGGGUCGGGCGGCGAACGAGGAGGGGCUCCGCAGGGGUGUCGGACGAGGUGCUGGCCACAGACAGUGGCGUCUUUGAGGCCUGGAGCAGGAGAACGGACGACCCGGAAGAGGUGUUAUACGUCAACGAUGGGACCGCAGCAGAACUUGCUCAGAUCCAGCUGGGGCUCCUGUUCGACAUUGCCAGUGAGAGCCUCCUGGUGCAGCUGCUCCUGCUGAGGAACCUUAAUGUUGUGGUCGUAAAACCCGGAUGCAAAGUCUAUGUCAGGGUGAGCCUGCUCCCGGCUGAGCACGGCCGCGGCGGCACCGGGACCCGCUACUGCUCCCGGGCCCAGGAUCCGCAGGGCCAGCUGAGCCUGAACGAGGGCUUCCGAAUCCCGGCUUGCGCCGCCACCCUGGGUCUUCGGCCCCUGCUGCUGUCCAUUUGCGCUGUGGGUCCCCAGGGCCCCGAGGAACCGCUGGGCAUGCUGCAGAUCAGCCUGGCGGACUGCGUGGGUGCCACUGAGAUGCUGUUCCAGUGGCACAGAAUCCUGAUGCUAGGCGGCACUGAGGCUUCCCGUGCCGGGGAGGGCAAGAUGCCCAAGGCACUCGGCGUGGGGGAGGAGGAUGCCAAGACUACGGACCCUGUGCUGGCCCUACUGGGGGAGUUGGAACAAGAGUUGGAGAGGAAGGAGGAGCAGGGGGAGGCAACAUCGGAGAGGAGCUGGCAGGCAGAGUCGGUGGACAGUGGCUGCAGCAACAGCACGGCGUUCGUGAUGCAAUACACCGAGGGACUGUGCGUGGAUGGUAUCUGCAUCACCACUGGGGGGCGCUGUAUCCAUCCAGCCCACAGGCUGCACUCACUCAAGGUGGACAAGGAGACCAACACUGAGGUGCCCCUCCCUGAGCCGGUGCGGGUGCGGCCCAAGGAGCGAGGGGGGCGCUGUGGCCAGGCCUUGCCCUUCAUGCGCAACAGCACCAUCGUCCGCUCGCAGACCUUCUCGCCAGGCGCACGCAGCCAGUAUGUGUGCAGGCUGUACCGCAGCGACAGCGACAGCUCCACGCUGCCCAAAAAAUCCCCCUUCAUCAGAAACACCCUUGAAAGGCGAACUCUGCGAUACAAACAGCAGCAGCAGGCCUGCCGCAGCUCGCUGGCGGAGCAGUCCACCCGCACCUCUCUGGACCUGGAGCUGGAUCUCCAGGCGUCCCGGACCAGGCAGCACCAGCUGAGCGAGGAACUGAAUUCCCUGCGGGAUCUGAAGCUGCGUCUCGAAGAGGCUCAGAGCCGGGAGGCCGCCGAACUGCCCCACUGGGCCCUGCGGGAUGAACGGCUCCACAGCCUCCUGAGGGAGGCCGAGAGACAGGGUAAGCGGGAGGCGUGGCAGGAGGAUUCCACAGCAGCAGCGGGCAGGAUGAGGAAGGCAUCCAAAGACGUGCGACAGCUGAGGGGGCAGAGCCAGAGGGGGCCCUUCCCUGUGCAGACCUUCAGAGAGAAGAUGGCUUUCUUCACAAGACCGAGAUUCAACAUACCUCCCCUGCCCGCCGAUGAUGUAUGAAAUCUUGACCUCUGUACAUGUGAUCAGAAAUGAAGUAUCAGUUUUUCAUGUUCGACUUCAUGAAGUAAAUGGAACAAACUGUAGUUAUCAUUCAGAAAAUUUAAGGCUAUUUUGGUGUAAGUUUAGGGACAAGGCAUGUUGGUGAGUGGAUAUUGAAUCAUAUGCACUCAAGCCUUCGUUUUAUGUAUCUAUUGAUAACAACAGGGCUAGUUUUUCCUGGUUUUGAAAGAAAAAAGUAUUUUAUAAGUGAACAAAACAUGUUUUUCUUAUGCUUUGUACAAUUUUACUAAUGUUUGUAUGCUUGUGAGGCUGGAGGAUGGGAACAAGUCAGUUUAGACAAAUUCACUGUACUGUAACUUAUUUUAUAGUACUUUUACUUGAAGGAAAUAGGAAAGUUCCCUACUUUUAAGUGUAAUUUUGUAUGGUUGAAAAAAAUGGCACUUCAGUGUUUAACAUACAGUGAAAUGGACCCUUGACUGAUUUUUGUUUCUGAAAACCUUACAUCCAGUUUGUUACUUUUUUUUAAUCCAUUUUUAUUAUUUUCAUGGUCGUUUUAUUAUAAUUAUUAAUUAUUACGUGUACUUUAAGAUAUAUAGAUAAAUAUAUAUUAAAACGUUGUAUUCAGAACCUUUUAUGUAAUUUCUGUGAUAACAUCUACAGUGUUCUCACUGUUGUGAAGAUCAGUAAAUAAACAUCUGAACAAAGGGGA